CAAUUUCAAUUUAAAAUAUAUUUAACAUUAUAGCAUGAAAUCUCAUAUCAGUAUGGUAGGCCUAUACAUAUUGUAUUAAUCAAUUUGUGUAAUAAUCAAAUGUCACUUUAAGACCUACUACAGCUCAGAGACUCUCUUUGCUCCCUCUUUCCAUAGUCAUUUGUUAUGUAUUCAGGAAGUCGUUCACACAUGGUCGGUCCAAUAUUCAAACAGCGUCCCAACUGCACACAGCCCACGCUGCUCGGCUCACUCUCACACACAAAGAAAACAAACCUGUUUGUCUGCCUGUUAGCUACCCGGAAACUGAUCAGAGAGAGAGAGAAAGAGAGAGAGAGAGAGAGAGAGGGAGAAAGAGAGGUGCAUGUCUGCAGUUGAGUUCCUGUCCUUAACCAGCAUGAGCGUGAGUGCCUCUUCAAAAUUUAGGACACAGAGAUAGAAUCAGACAGACUGAGAGAAACCAAAUGGAGGAGAGAGAAAAAUGCUGAGCGAGAGCACCAAAUGUCUGUAUGGGAGGAGUGCUAGUAGGACCUGGAGGCCAGUAGAUCUGAAAGCAAAGUAUUAGUAUUUUGAGUAUUUUUGGUGUCAUGGUUUUGGGUUUCUCUUUGCUUGUGAGCAGUCUUUGUAAUGGAGACAUGGCAAAAGGACACAUGACUAGCACUUUGCACCUUUUUCCUAUGGAGCAGUAGCAUUUUUUUUUUAACUGAAACCAACCUGCAUAGUUUUUUUUUUUUUUUUUUUUUUGGUCAGGUGUUGCGCCUGUGUUGUUUGGGUAGGUAAGCUUUUCUUGUUCUGCUUGAGAGGAAUGUAUCUUGUGAAUCGCAUGUGGCAAUGAUGACAAACGUCGCUCAUCACUUCUUCGCACUUGAUAUGACCCAUGGACCUUCGCCAUGGACGACACAAGGUUUGUAAACUGGAUUAUUGAACAGAGUUUUGUAGUGGUAAGAUGACUGUUCAUUUUGAAAUCGUCACAAUUACAGCUUCGUUUGAACUGCUGUUUUACAUCAUAUCAUCACCAGUGAUAACAGGACAAAGUUACUGGGGAAGUGGUUUUCAGAUAAAUCACGCUACCUAAAAAUAGAUGUCUUUUCAGAGGAUAAUGGGGACACAAAUUAACCACUUGUUAUUGUAUGUGGCUGUUUGAUGAGUUAUAGCUGCAGAGGUUUUCAUCUUUUCAUGCUAGCUCUGCUAAAAAUGAUGUUCUCCAAAAAUUCUACCAAUCAUCAGCAGUUACAUGCAUAAAAGAGGAUAUCUGCAUCAACUACACUUCAAUUGUGUGAAGGAAGUGAUUGGUUUCAACACUAUCUUAGAUGACUGUUGAUUCAGACACAUGUCUGAAUCUUAACUAGCACUCCACGUGUGGCACAUUGGAUGUAUCUCAUCUAUCAUGGCAACAGCUAGACGUUCGAGUCAAACUCCUGACACUUCUCAAUCCAUGUCCCAGCCCCCCACCAGUGCGGACCGUAAACUUUUUGAUAAAGUUCUCAGGAGACUCAACAAACUGCAUAAACUGAGCACUGACCCCAGGCUGGGUCUUAAAAACAGCCCACCGUACCUUCCUGAACUAGUGUCAGAGACCACCAUCCACCUGACAGAAGUUUGGGCUCCCUACAGGGGGUCCAUGAUGGCCGUGCCACGAGGGGACGAGGGUGAUUAUCUGAGGAUCCAUAUUCAACACUUGCUGGACAAGGCAGAUAGAGCUGUGCUGCUGUUUAAGGAUGGCAAGGAGAAGAUGUUUGAAGAGACAUCAAGCUACAGGAGAAAUCUUACUAAGCUGUCACUGCUGUUCAGCCACAUGUUGAAUGAACUACAAACUUUGUUUCCUGGGGGACGAUUUCAGGGUGAUACUUAUAGAAUUACAAAGACAGAGGCCAAAGACUUCUGGAGGAAAGCCUUUGGACACAAAUGUAUAGUGCAGUGGAACAUUUUCAAACAGCAGCUGAGGAGGUUUCAUUACUUUGAAGAGGGAAUGGAGGCCAUGGCUUUGAAGUCCACGGUUGAUCUCACUUGUAAUGAUCACAUAUCCAUCUUUGAGUUUGAUAUAUUCACCAGGCUUUUUCAGCCUUGGUCAACUUUGUUAAGAAACUGGAAUCAUUUAGCAGUAACUCACCCAGGAUACAUGGCGUUUCUCACCUAUGACCAGGUCAGGGUCCGACUAGAGCACUACAGACAUCGUCCUGGCAGCUACAUCUUUCGUCUCAGUUGCACAAAAAUGGGUCAGUGGGCGAUUGGUCAUGUGACCAGUGAUGGCACCAUUGUGCAAACCAUUCCCCAGAAUACACCUCUCUUUCAAGCACUCAUACAAGGUUUCAGGGAGGGCUGCUACUUAUACCCUGAUGGGCGUGAUGUGAACCCUGACCUCACCAGCCUGUGCAGUCCAACUCACAAGGGUCGAGUCAAAGUCACUGAGGAGCAGUAUGAAUUAUACUGUGAGAUUGGCAGCACAUUUCAGCUCUGUAAAAUCUGCACAGAACGAGACAAGGACACUCGCAUUCAGCCCUGCGGCCAUCUGCUGUGUCAGCCCUGCUUGACUGGCUGGCAGAAGUCAGAUGGGCACACUUGCCCCUACUGCCGCUGUGACAUCAGAGGCACAGAGUCCAUCCUCAUUGAGCCCUACCUGCCAACCAGAGACAGGAGGGCAGGGGGGAAGGAGGAAGAGGAGGAAGAUGAAGAUGAGGAGGAGGAUCAUGAGGAUGUAGAGCUGGUGAUGAAAAAAAUGGCUUGUAUGAAAAAGAUUUCUCAGGAGGAGUAUCAAGUUCCCCGUUCCAGUCUGUCACCUCCUCCCCUUCCUCCCAAAAGACAUUCACUCUCCCCUUGUCCAUCUCCCAAACCACCCUCCAGAUCCUUGAGCAUAGGCACACAGGUCAGCCAGUCUAGCUUGAAAGUCAAACCCAGUUCCUGGUCAGAAAACAUGCUAAGACAAACUUCCUCAGAUAGAAGUGAGGAACUUUUGGAAGACUUCCGUCCCUCAUCUUUGCCAUAUGUCAGACAGAGUGGGGAGCCCUGGGAAGGGCCUUCAGAAAGUGUAAAAAUGAAGAAGAGAGCGAAAAGAAGGGACAAGGAAGAAGAAGAUCACGACAGAGGUGUGGCAGAUUCAGCAUCUCCCUCAGGAAGUCAUAUUCAUGGGGAGAUGGAAGGAAACACGUCAUCCUGACAGCAAAAUUCACCUCCGACUUCAGACUGUAAAGUAUAUUGACCAGACAAAGCAAUUGUGUGAUAUCAGCAUCAAUGGACAACCAAAAUUAUUCAAAGGACUCAAUAAUCACCAUAUUCGGAACAUACAUGUUCUGUAUGUAUGUUAGUUCAACUGAACUUUGCAUUGACAGCAGAAAACAUGCAUUUUACUGCUCACACCUUUUAAACACAUUUUUCUACCUCAUGCCUACUAAAUUUUUAGAGAACAAGCACUGUGUUUUGACAGACCAGAAUAAUAAUAAUAAUAAAAAAAAAAUAAUAAUAAAAUAAAACAAUAAGCAGACUUGUUUUCUUUCUAUAUCUUAAGAUAUAGGUUGUUUAACUUUAUCUAAAUAAGAUGGAAGUGUGUAAGUAAUUUCAGUUCGUUCACACCAGACCAAACCAAAUCAAACCAAAAAAAAGUUUCACAUUACAUAACAGUAACAGUUUGCAGAUUUACAAUUUCAUAUUUAGUAAAAGAAUUGAAACAGACAUGCAUUGAUAUUUAUUCUUUGUACUGCCUAGAAAAUCUCUGAAAACCUUUGUUUUGGCGCCAGAUCUGUGCAAUUAAACAAUGUUUUUCCAAGCCUGGCUGUAAAUGAGAACUAUAACAACCGAUUGCUCCAUACUGCUGUGACUUUCUUGUUAAUGAUCUCUGGAUUGUCUCUGCUGCCCUCUGUUGGAUUGAGCCAGAACUCAGUGUGUUAAAAUGCUGGAGUACUUCUGUUUGUUUAGAGGUGGUUGGGAUUCACCUGAAUGCAUUCUUCUUGUUUCCUUCAUUCUUUUAUAAUGAGUUUCACAUGAUUUGUUAAAGUGUGCCAAGGUUAAGUUAAACCAGACUUUCAAGCCAUAUCUAUCAUAAACAAUCUUUCUUUUAUGUAUGAAUGUAGUAGGUUUAAUAUUUGCACUAAAACUGAACGAUUGUCAACAUUAUUUUGAAAGAUAGUUAUACUAGACUACAUUACACACAUCAACACACUCUGGUUGCUGUAAGAAAUUAAGCCGACGGAAGCAAGAAAGACAAGAAAAUAUAUUUUAUAAAUAAAUGCCACCAGUCCUGGUA